CAACGGAGCGCGGAGGCAACCAGUCGCGAAUCAAACCGGACGUAAGUCGUAUCGCACGACGACGACUAUACGACGGCGGCGGUGCUCACUGCUCUAUAAUAUGCUCAAUAGUGAUUCGUGUACGAUAUAUACGCGCGCACACAUGUAUGCUACGUAGUGUUCGGUGUCAGUUCGCAGACGGAGAUACACAAAAUAACUGCUGCUGAGUGCCGAGUAGUAGCAGUACUCUAUGACUGCUGCGCCAAGACGCCACCACUGCUCCCGUUGCUACGGGAUUAUAAAAAAAAAAAAAUAAAUAAAUAACCAGACGGAGGCUAUUAAUCGGCAAAAAUUAUUAUUGCGCUGCGACUGGGUCCCCGUGAGUGAAUCUCCGGUGCUGUGCGCGACUGAAAUUCGUGCUCCUCGUGUAUGUGUGUGAACGCGCACACACCGACGACACCAGUACAUCGGUACCAGCGACAUCAGUAGAUAGUGUAUAUUCACGCGAGACGCCAAAUGCAGCGUUUCGUAAAAGUGCACACGGCCGUACUAUAAGGCAACGCAUAAUAACGCGACUGCCAAGUUCGGAGUUGAUUAAACUUAGCCUUCGCACGCGUGCGCGCGCGUGUGUGUGUGUGCUGUAUUCUAUGAUAUACCUCCAACAGCAGCAGUGAGUGUACGCAGUGUAGGUAUGUGUGCGAAAAUGGCCGCGUGAGUUGUUGCUCUCUCUCUCUCUCUCUCUCGCCACUAUAUAAAAUGUUGCACAUGUAGUUCGCGAUAUUACACGCACAAACACAUGCCGUGAGCUUAUUGCACACGCAAAAACGUCUCGGCUGUAUUAUAAGACGAAAUGUUUGCUGCUGGCGCAGUUUUCGCGAAUCCGACGUAGAGCAUAGCCGCUGCUUAUAAGCGCAAGAAGUGAGUGAGAUAACGACGACAGAGUUAUUUUUAUUGCUACAUUAUAAAACGCGCAGUGUGUGUGUGUGUGCUGUCGUGUGUCGCGCUCUGUGUAAUUUUUGCUAGUGCUCUACGACGGACGAUGUCGAUCGUCGCCGUCGCCGUAGCUAAUCACCACCCGGCACCGGGUCAGCAACGACGACGACAGCCAAUAUUGCAACUACGCGAGUGCAGCAACCCAACAGCCAGCAGCAGCAGCACCACCACCUCGAGGCAUUAUUAGUAAACAGUGGCAGCAGCACACGCGGCGACAGUGCAGUACACAAAGCUUCGUCGCUGUUUUUGUGUUUGUUGUUGUUGUUGUUGUUGUUGUGAUCGAGGCCAGUGUUGUUGCAUAACAGAAAGCCAUCGACGGAUUUUCCCGAGCGAGUGCAGUGCGUUCGUUGUUUUGAAACGAAAGAUUUCGCACGCACCGAAAAAUGGAAGGACGAAGGAUGAUCAACGGCAAUCGCUCUUGGCUGCUGCCGCUGCUGGCCAGCUGCCUCGUAGCCGCUCUGCUCUGCUCGACGAGCGUUCAAGGUCUGAAAUGCCACUGCGACAUAUGCGCGGACACGAACAAUACCUGCAUCACGGAUGGAGUCUGCUUCGCCAGCACGUCGCUGGACGUGGAAAAGGACCAGAUCACUUAUGCCUACAGCUGCCUCGAUAGAGCGCACUGGUUUCCUCCGGACGCGCCUCACCAGUGCUUCGGCAAACGAGACGCCGGAUCGACGGUCAACUAUACUUGCUGCCGCGAUGCGAACGGCUGCAAUCGAAACUUGCGGCCUUUGUUAAAGUUGCUCGUCGUCGACGACGAUGGGCUGCUGCAGCCUCGCGUCGAUUCAGCAUCGGGCAGCGGUGGAGUUAGCUGGGACACGUGGCGCAAGGGCAUGAUCGUGGCUCUGCCCAUCUGCCUGACCUUCACGAUAAUCCUGAGCAUCUAUCAGAUCCGCAAAUGUCGCCGAAAGCAUCCGGGCGGCCGACAUUACUCGGACGACCUGCUGGAGGCGCCGGACCGGCCGAUACUCGGCGGUCACACCAUACGCGACAUGCUGGAGAUGACGACGAGCGGCAGUGGCUCGCUGGGGCUGCCUCUGCUGGUGCAGCGCAGCAUCGCCCGCCAAAUCCAGCUCGUCGAGACCAUUGGCAAGGGCCGCUUCGGCGAGGUCUGGCGGGGACGUUGGCGAGGCGAGAACGUCGCCGUUAAGAUUUUCAGCUCGCGCGAGGAAAGAUCCUGGUUCCGCGAGGCCGAGAUCUAUCAGACGGUGAUGUUAAGGCAUGAUAAUAUCCUGGGAUUCAUCGCUGCGGACAACAAAGAUAACGGUACGUGGACGCAGCUCUGGCUCAUCACCGACUACCACGAGAAAGGGUCUCUCUUCGAUUACCUCAACAGAUCGACCGUCGACACCAACGGUAUGAUCCGCAUGGCUCUGUCGAUAGCCACGGGCCUGGCGCAUCUUCACAUGGAGAUCGUCGGCACUCAAGGCAAACCCGCUAUAGCUCACCGCGACUUGAAGUCCAAGAAUAUCUUGGUCAAGACGAACGGCACCUGCGCCAUCGGCGAUCUGGGCUUAGCGGCUCGACACGAUCACACCACAGACUCGGUGGAUAUACAGUUGAACAAUCGAGUCGGUACCAAACGAUACAUGGCGCCGGAGGUGCUAGAGGAAACGAUCAAUCAGCGACACUUUGAUUCGUUCAAACGCGCUGACGUUUACGCGCUGGGCUUGAUUUUCUGGGAAAUAGCUCGACGCUGCAACGUGGGUGGUAUCCACGACGAUUACCAGUUGCCGUUCUACGACGUCGUCCCUUCGGACCCGACCAUUGAGGAAAUGCGCAAAGUCGUCUGCGUGGAUCGGCAGCGGCCGUCUAUACCUAAUAGAUGGAUGUCUAACGAGGCACUGCACGUAAUGUCAAAAGUUAUGAAGGAGUGCUGGUAUCACAACGCGGCGGCCAGACUGACUGCUCUGAGGAUCAAAAAGUCCCUGGCGAAUUACGGCGCGAUGGAGGGCGAUUUUAAAUAAAUGUUCACACUCAAAUACAAAACUGCGAAGACUGAAGAUUAUAACAAGAGCCAUCGACGUUCCUUUUUUUUCCUAACUGAUCGAUAUUUUUUAUUAUGGAUAUAUAAUUUUACUCUUUUAAUUUACAAACACGCAAACAUUUUACUUUUACGGUUUGUUUUUGAACAAAAGCAAAACAAAAUGGAUAUACUCGUUUCGUCUAAUGCUUUGUUUAUUGGCUUCGAAUGAGGUCCUAUACAAAGGCGCGACGAUAUUAUAAAUCUAAAAAAGACUGAUCCAGCGAUCAUAUUGAAUUGAAGCUUUGCGAAGAAUGAAACAUACAUUUAUUUUUUUACCUUAAGAGAUGAAAAAGAAUCAACCUAUUGUUACAUAUCCGAGCGUAUGCGAUUUCUUGACACCGGGGGUGAAGCGAUUGUUAUCUCUUGAACCAGUGUCAAAAAUUUACCACCGCUAAUCGCAAGAUCCUUCUUUAAUGUUGAUUUGAAUGAAAAAAUACUGUACAGUUUAAUAUAAUGGACAUAACUUGUAGUUGUAUAAGAGAUUACUGUUUGUUAGUUUACUUGUUGUUUUUUAUAAAUAUUUAUAGUACGAACGAUAAUCUAAGUUUGCUAGUAGAAAAACAAAUUGGGUUGUAUGCAUUCACAUUUUUCACGUUAAAUUUUUUAUGAUUUUAACAUUCUAAAAAGUUCACUUUUUAUUCAUAUUUUAAAUCUGAAAU